AUGACACGUAGCAAGUCACGUAUAAAUAAUAACUCGUCUGGGGAUUAUGAAUACAAUAUAGAAAACAAAAGUUUCACGAAAUGUAGCAUACCCAACAACAAAGCUUUUUUUUUUAUACAGCUUUCUGCCUUUUUAUAUAUUCUACUAUUAAAUAUUUUUAUAAAUCAAAGUAACAAUAAUGACCACCGCGCUCACAACUUGCCAUCAAAUCAUCGACACCCAAGGUCCCUAGCCCAAAGAACAAUGCUUACUUUAAGAGGUACUGUUGUAAAUCAAAAUAUAUUAACUAAAGAGAGUGGAAAAAACAGAAAUCCAUUACCUGAAGAAACAGUAGAAGAUUAUUUAAGCAGAUUAUCUUCUCAAGUAGAACUUACAAAUCAACUGAUAUGUAAAAUACAAUCUUAUGGUCCUGAUAUAUCGUUAAAGGAUAUGAAUUUUAUUUAUAUGAUUUUAUAUAAUGAACAUAAAUCAAACUGGUCUAACCUCCUUGAAUGCUUGAAAAACGUCUCAUUAAUGUUAGCAACUAAGUAUGGACGUAAUGCAAGUUUCCAAAAAAAAGUCUGGUGCUCUGUAUAUAAGAAACUUACACAAGAUGUGAUACGAGAGUCAGACAAUGAUGGCUAUCAAAAUUUAAAAAAGUUUUUAAAAAAACAAACGUCAUGCAAAACAUGUGAUUUUAUCAAAUUCUUAAAUAGUUGCAUCACAUCAUGGAACGAUUUUGCUACGAAAAAAAAGAAUGAAGCAUAUACCUUGUUGUGUACAGCUUCAAAAAGUGGUACCAUAGAAAGUAAAAAGUAA